CAAAUUUAGUCUUUUAUUUUUCAGUAACGAAAAAGAGUAACUAAAAGCAGCUAAAAGUCUUUUUUUACGUCAGAGGUUAUUUUUAGGCUCAGGUUCUAUGUUCGGUCGCGGGUUAGCUGUGUUGAGCAAGUAGAAGACUGGAGACAAAUUUAUGAUCAUGUUUCUCGGAAGCGAAAUUUGAGCUUUAUUCUGACUUCAUUGAUUGCAAAAGUGCUCUUUGUGGCUAUAAUUUUCCUCGGAAAUCCAUCAGUUCGACAAUGAUAGCUGAGAUAGUUGCUUUAUUUGCAUUUUUGUUUGAAAAUUGCACAGGAGUGGUAUUGAUCGAGAACUAUGCAUCAAAAGAGCGCGGCAACGAAGAGGAAGGCACCGCGGAAGAGCUUCGAAACCUGAUUCAAACUACAAAACGACAUGAGCUCGAAGAAUUCACCAACUUCGAUGAGACCGACGAUGUGUUCCGUGAGUUUGAUCCCCCUGAAGCCGAAGAACGAGAUCCCAGAUCAUGGCGGAAAAGACUUCCUUCGUUCAGAUCAACUGCGUGGAAAUCUUUCAAGACAGUAUUUCUCAUUCAAACUCUUGCUGGUACGGCCUUGGGCCUCCUUGCGGUUUCACUUGCGUUUCUUGACUUCAACACAGCAGAUCUCUGCUACGACAAGACUCCAGAAUGGGAUAAGAUGCCACGUGGCGUUCAAAGCAUUCGAGUGACCGGCCAAGCCGUUGAAGGGUUUGUUAUUGAGCUUUGGGACUUCCUUCUGUUGUCAACAGCAUUCCCGUGGUCUCUGAUGAAAGAACUGAACUUGCUUACUCUAAACUUGCUAGCGGCUUUCAUAGACAUGUCAUACCGACUAUACUUCCAGCUUUUUGGCAUCUACAAAGUAUCAUGGAUGUCUUUCCCAUUAAAUGCCUUAUUUACAUUGAUGAUUAUUUUAAACUCAUGGAUUCUAGGUAGGCAUUUCAUGCCUGCUAGUAUUAAAGGGGCCCUCAAGUAUGCUUUUAUAUUUUGUGCUCAAUUUGUUCUUGGGAUGUCUGCUAACUUAUUUCUGGUUUAUAAGCUGUUACCAUGGUAUAACAGUGUCCAGAGUGAGUCGGUGAAAGUCAUUGUUGCUGGUUUAUGUCCUCUUCUGACAGCCAUCCCAAAGGUGGUAGCACGACUUGGUGCACAAAAGUUAAAUGGAGUUUUGCACCCAGGAACUGCAAAUGUAUUUGUUGGAGUGUUGUAUGGAGCUACUGCCAUAGUAUUCCGCAUCAUGCAAGCUGAGUUGACAAGCCUUGCAUUUUUCAUUGCUCUUGGUAUUGGUCAUGCUGUGGUGGAUAUGUUAGAGCGGUUAUCAAUAACAAUGCGGGACUAUCUAUGGGGGCGCCUAUAUCAGAUAAUUCGACGUCAAGAGAGACUGAAGGCCAAGUACAGCCCUCCUAGAAGUCGCCGUUUUAUAGCAGACAUCAGCAUCCAGAUUAUGUUGCAAGAGGCAACUGGAUUGAUAUCAGCUCUGGGGUUUAUUCAUCUAUACCAUUUUAUGUACAGUGACAAAGAGAAGCCUUUCACUGACACUAGUGUGUUAAUGAACUUCUUCACUCGCUCAAUCACAGGGCUUGCUAUUGACUUAGUCUUUAACACCCUCUCUGUCAUAAUACAGACUAGAGUAAUGAAUGUGGCUAUCAUCAGAGUUUGGAGGAAGAAGUGGCGCUAUCAUCUUGUUGUGAACACCAUCAUUGCUACCAUUACCAUGAUUUACUACACUGAGUAUCUGUUCAGUGUUGUGAGGAAUAAGUAUAACUAUAGUGAGCAUGCAGAAGUACGAUUUGCAUGGAACUGUACUAAGCCAUUUUCUAUAUAAAGUACAGUAGAACUCAAACUGACAGGACUAUGUACCUGGGACCAUUGGCAGUUCCAGAAUCUAGAAUACGGGAGGACAAUUAAAGAAACUGGACAUGAAAAGGUGAGGAUAAUAUAAAGACAGUUAUAGAGAGUGCAUCAAAAUGGGGGAUUAUAGUGACCUUAUUCAAUCCCCUCCCUUCCCUGGCUGGCUGUGUUCUUGGCAACCCAAAAUGUUUUUUCAUUAUAUGUGAAAUGUCUUAUAUGCAAGGCAAUUUUAUAAGAGAAUGUAAAAAGUAGAGAAAAGCAAGUCCCAUAUGAGUAAGUAUUACUUAUUUUGACUGUGUUUCACAGUAGGAAUUCUUUAAGAUAAUUGUACUAUACAUAUACUACUGUAGAUAUGUUUUGUAUCUCUCACCUACAUUCAUCUAAAUAGAAUAAGAAAACAAACUAACUGUUCUAAAGGCUUUACACAACUAUUAAAGGAAUUGUAUAUAUUAUCAGAUAAGUAACUAAUACUGUAUAUAGCUUCUAUAGUAAAGUUAAAAAUUGAUUUAAUGGUUGUAAAAUCAUUGAAAGUACUAGAAGUAUUUUAAAGUAUUAGAGCAUUGCCUGUACAAAAAGUGAAAUGUAUAGCUCUAUAAAAAUGUGAAAAAUACCAAAAAGCUAAGAGUAGAGAAUAAUAUAUAAAAUAUCAAUUAUAUUUGUAGAUUUGUAGCAGUUUUUAGCCCAGCAAUAAAACGUUUUAUAUGUA